AUGGGUCUGAACAUAGAAAUAAACCUAAAUGCGCAUGAACUGUUGGUGAUGGGAGAUUCAGAUUUGCUUAUUCGGCAGGCUCAAGGUGAUUGGGAGACUCGAGACAUCAAGCUCAUUCCAUAUAGACAAUGUGUGGAGGAUCUUAGCAAAAGGUUCAACUCCAUCGAGUUCAAGUACAUUCCUAGGUUUUACAAUGAACUAGCUGAUGCCUUGGCGACCCUGGCCUCAAUGCUUCCAUAUCCCGGUAAUACUCACAUUGACCCAUUAGAAAUUCAAAUUCGGGAUCAACAUGGUUAUUACAAUACAAUUGAAGUAGAACCAGAUGGUGAACCAUGGUACCGUGAUAUUAAACAGUUUCUAAAAACAAGAGAAUAUCUGGAACAUGCUAAUAGGAAUCAAAAUAGAACUAUUAGGCGUCUCUCUAAUGGUUUCUUUUUGAGUGUGGAAAUCCUAUACAAAAGAACUCAAGAUUUGAAUUUGUUGAGAUGUGUGGAUGCCAAAGAAGCUGAAAUGAUUAUGAAUGACGUGCAUUCGGGAGUUUGUGGUCCGCACAUAAAUGGAUAUGUUCUAGCAAAGAAAUGCCACCAGUGCCAGAUUCACAAUGACUUGAUUCACUCGCCGCCUUCAGAGUUGUAUCCUAUGUCGUCUCCUUGGCCUUUUGUUGCUUGGGGAAUGGAUGUCAUUGGCCCAAUCGAGCCAAAAGGUUCAAAUGGGCACAAAUUCAUCUUGUUUGCAAUUGAUUACUUCACCAAAUGGGUGGAAGCUAUUACAUUGAAAGCAGUUACCAAGAAAUCAUCUGAUGAAGGAGCGGUCACACCUGCUGAAAUUGAGAUUCCCUCUCUCCAAAUCAUUGUUGAAGCAGGGAUUGAGGACACUGAAUGGGUGAAGUCCCGAUUGGAACAAUUGAGUUUGAUUGAUGAAAAGCAUUUGGCGGAAGAAGAGGCAAACGGAAAGUUUGCCCCGAAUUGGCAAUGUCCUUACCUCGUCAAGAAAGUAUUGUCAAAAGGAGCUCUACACUUGGCAGAUAUAGAAGGAAAGGUGACAGAUAUAUCCGUCAACGCAGAUGCGGUCAAGAGAUACUAUGUCUGA